UUUCUCUCUCUCUCUCUCUGUCACCCUCUAAUCAAAGUCCAAACUUUGAUCACGGAACCUUGUCUCCAUUCUAGACAAAGAGAUGUUCUUUCCGAGUCGCAUCGUCUCCGGCGGCCACGCUCCCUUCCCUCCGCCGUCGCCGGAGAGGAGCUCCUCGGUCUCCGCCGUCGAGGUCAUCCUGAACUACAAGUUCAAGAACCCGAAGCUGCUCGAGGAGGCCCUGACGCACUCCUCCUUCCCGGAAGCUCCGUCCUACGAGCGGCUCGAGUUCGUCGGCGACUCCGUCCUGGAGCUCGCGGUCAGCAACCACCUGUUCCUGGCGUACCCAGGGCUCGAUCAGGGACGGCUCUCGAACCUGCGGUCGGUGAACGUGAGCACCGAGAAGCUCGCGCGGGUGGCCGUGCGUCACGGGCUGUAUCGGUUCCUCAGGCACAAUGUGCAGUCCAUGGACGACAAGGUUAGAGAGUUUGCUAGAGCAGUUGAGGAGGAAGAUGAUGCUGUUGCACAUGGGGGAUCAAUUAAAGCCCCAAAAGUUCUCGCAGAUAUUGUGGAAUCUGUGGCAGCUGCUAUCUAUAUAGAUGUUGACUUUGAUCUACAGAGAUUGUGGGUGAUCUUCAGAGGUUUACUGGAGCCUAUUGUUGGCCCUGAAGAAUUGCAACAACAGCCUCAACCAAUCACAAUGCUAUUUGAGGUUUGUCAAAAGCAGGGAAAGAAGGUAGAGAUAAGGCAAGGGAAGAAAGGUUCAACUAAUAUAGCAAGUGUCCAUGUAGAUGGAAAGUUUGUUGCCUCAUGUUCUUCUGAACAUAAGGAAAUUGCUAAGCUUAAUGCUGCCAGGAGAGCUUUGUCUCAACUAGCACAAUCAGAGCCUGUCAACCGUGGAAUUAUGGAAAUAGAUGGGUUUGAUGGCCCAUUCGAAAUUGAGGGGGCCAAACAGAAGUUACAUGAGCUUUGUGACAAAAAGAAAUGGCCCAAACCAAUCUACCGAAAGAAUGAGUCAGGCCCUCCACAUAGUAAGAGCUUUGUUUGUACAGUUCAAAUAGCUACGGAUGAUGGUGUCCUCACUAUGAUGGGAGAAAAAAGAUCAAGAGUAAAAGAUGCAGAGAACUGUGCUGCUUCCCUCAUGUGCCGUGCCUUGCAGGAGUAUAAUUAUCUGUGAGUCUCUCUCGAGCCUAAGAAUCUGAAGAGAAAUGCUUUGCUAAUUCUUUGCGGCAGCUUCGUCCAGAAGAUAACCCCAUAAACAAGGGGAAUUCUCUGUCUUGUGAUGAGCUUGCAAAGAAGUAGCGAUGAAAGGAUGCGUUUCAUAUUCUUAUGGUUGGUGGAUACUUAUAGAUAAUUAGAUUCUUUCAAAGCAUGGAAGGUUUUGGUGGGGAAAUUAUUAGAAUAUAUGUCUCUUGUAUUUUUGGGUGGAUUUCAAAUUUCCCAAUGCUUUUACUUCUCUUUCCAGUUGUUGAGAACUGGCAUGAAUGUAUAGGUUAACUUUUUCCAACAACCAGUUAUUUAAAUGUUCAAUUUGGUAG